ACUCAACUAACUCUGGUGACAACAUGUACACCCUGAUCAACACAGUCCCUCCUGGUGGAAACAGACCAAAUGUAAGACAACUCAUUCAUUAUUAUCUCUGUGUGUGUGCGUGUGCGCGGCAUGCGUGUUUCUGUGUGUGUAUUCAACUGUGUUUAACUGUGUGCUUGUGUUUGGUGCUAAGUUCCCAAUGGGUCCAGGUGCAGACGGUCCAAUGGGAGGGAUGGCAGGAAUGGAGCCACAUCACAUGAACGGGUCGCUAGGUAACACUUACAAACAUACACACGCACAUACGCUUUGAGCUUGUUCUUAACUCACUAUACUAGUCUUGUGAAGAGCAAGUUUAUGUGUUUGCUGGACUGUAUAGUAAUGUCCUUCUAAUUUUUGUCACCUUCUGUCUCUCAAACAACCAGGGUCUGGAGACAUGGACAGCCUCCCUAAGGUAAGAGAAGAGUCCAACUCAACCCAAACCAUCAGUCACCAGCAAAUCAGUCAUAUCUGUCAAUCAAUUUUCAGACAGAAUUAAGUGUUUCACAACACGUUGUAGUGAUUAGCCUGUAUUUGUAUGUGGUUGAAAUAUUGGUACUACCGUUAAUUGUUCAUCUGCCCUAUAUAGUAUGGUAUGGUAUGGUAUGUAUAGAUAUUUGAUACAUGAUAUUUCUGUGUUUUGUGGUUGGUCCUGAUCAGAACUCUCCUGGUAACCUGAGUCUGAGUAACCAGCCGGGGACCCCCAGAGAGGAUGGAGAGAUGGGUGGCAACUUCCUCAACCCCUUUCAGAACGAG